GUUGCAGUUCAGGGCAGUAAGGAGUACACUCCCCUACCAAUUCGUGGCGUCUCCGCGGGCCAACUUCCAAGUGUAGCAGAAGGAGGUGGAGUGGGUGGAUGGCCAACGGAGGGGUGUCGACUGCGUCCGCAGGAGAACUUCAACGCGGUGGUUCAACAUGAUUUGAAGGAGUUGGGGGAAAACACUCUCAUCUGUGCCGUUUCUUAUACAGCGUGUGUUCCAUCAUCCUCUAUACCUGCAUCCGUUUCUACCACUCAACCGCCUUCUUUAGCUGGUCUUCAGCAGCCAGCGUUAGCAACCGUUAAAAAUUCUGCCAAGAUGGAUGCUUUUUAA